GGAACAUGGAGUUGGAGGACGGAGUCGUGUACCAGGACGACCCGGGCACGUCUGCCAUGAUGUCGGAGCGGGUGUCGGGCCUGGCCAACUCCAUCUACCGGGAGUUUGAGAGGCUGAUCGGCAAGUACGACGAGGACGUGGUGAAGGAGCUGAUGCCGCUGGUGGUGGCGGUGCUGGAAAACCUGGACUCGGUGUUCGCGGAAAACCAGGAGCACGAGGUGGAGCUGGAGCUGCUGAAGGAGGACAACGAGCAGCUCAUCACGCAGUACGAGAGGGAGAAAGCGCUGCGGAAACAUGCGGAGGAGAAAUUUAUUGAGUUUGAGGACACACAGGAACAGGAGAAGAAGGACCUGCAGAACCACGUGGACAGAAUGGAGUCUCAUUCUCGACAGCUGGAGCUUAAAAUCAAGAACUAUGCAGACCAGAUUGGCAGGUUGGAGGAGAGGGAGUCAGAGCUGAAGAAGGAGUACAACUCCCUACAUCAGCGACACACCGAGAUGAUCCAUAAUUACAUGGAGCAUGUGGAGAGAAUCAAACUGCAGCAGAUGAGUGAGACCACGGACUCGGGGGCGCUGGCCAGAGUUAGGAGAGAACGUCCCCUUUCUCUGGGGGUCUUCCCAUCAUCCUCUGGGGGUUCUCUGCUGAUUCCUGACCACCAGACCAGGGCAGAGACACCGAGCACGGAGGGUUGGAGGUUCACAGACCAAGCGGAGCCACGCUCCAACACUAGCCUCAAGUUAGACUUGGACGACCCCCCACGGAAAAGGGAGGGAAGGAGUGCGCAGGACACUUCUUGGGGGAAUUCACUGGCAGACGACUGCAAGGAUGAGUUUUCGGACAUCAGUGGCUCCAAGUCGGCCACGCCAAUGUCCACCACAGCCUCGGACAUGGAGAGGGAGGACGGGAACAGUAAGAGCACAGAGGUACAUGCUACGCCUGGCACCAGGUCCAUAUCUGUGGGUCUCCCUGAAAACGAGGAGAACUCAGAUGUGCAAGACAUCAUUGAGUCCACUCCUGAACUGGACAUGGAUCUCAGUGGAUACAAGGCAUCCAGCACGCCAACCAAAGGCAUUGAGAACAUGGCGUUUGACCGCAACACAGAGUCCCUUUUUGAGGAGUUGUCGUCUGCAGGCACGGGACUCAUAGGAGAUGUUGACGAGGGGGCUGACCUUUUGGGGAUGGGCCGCGAAGUAGAGAACCUUAUUCAGGAGAACACACAACUGCUGGAGACCAAGAAUGCCCUAAAUGUGGUGAAGAAUGAUCUGAUAGCGCGGGUGGACGAACUGGCCUGCGAGAAGGAGGUGCUGCAGGGGGAACUAGAGGUUGUGCUCCAGGCAAGGUCCAAGCUGGAGGACAAGAACAGGGAGCUGGAGGAGGAGCUCAGAAAGGUGCGAGUGGAAAUGGAAGAAGUGAAGCAGAAAUCCAAAGAUGAGGAAGAUAGUGACGUACCUACAGCCCAGAGGAAGCGCUUCACCCGGGUGGAGAUGGCCAGAGUUUUGAUGGAGAGGAACCAGUAUAAGGAAAGACUGAUGGAGCUUCAGGAGGCGGUGCGAUGGACUGAGAUGAUCAGGGCGUCCAGGGAAAACCCCGCUCUUACAGAAAAGAAGAAAUCCAGCAUUUGGCAGUUCUUCAGCAGACUCUUUAGCUCCUCCUCCUCCAGUACCCCCUCUAUAAAGAAGUCAGAGCCCCAGUCCAACGUGAAGUACAACGCUCCGGGAGGCCUGGUGAAGAGGAGCAGCACCUUCUCCCAGUUCCCCACUGAGAAGUCCAAGACCUUUGACUUUCUCAACGAGGAAAUGGACCUGUGCAGCUCCCCAUCCCGCAAAGAACAGAAGAGAGCUCAGUACAGACAGGUCAAAGCCCAUAUGCAAAAGGAGGAUGGACGGAUCACCGCCCACGGCUGGAGCUUGCCUAACAAAUAUAAGGUGGCUAAUGGAGGUCAGACAGAGAAUAAAAUGAACCUACCUGUACCGGUUUACCUGAGACCUCUGGAUCAGAAAGAUGCUUCUAUGAAGCUGUGGUGUGCUGCAGGAGUUAACCUGUCCGGGGGGAGGACAUAUGAGCCAUCUGAGAGCACUAAACAGAGUAAAGGCUCCCAGGGCAGCCUGGACCAACUGGACCAAGACAGCAAGGAGAAAGGGGAGCAGGAGAAAGAGAGGGAGCUGAUCCAUCAUGAGGAGAUAUCUAACAGGAUGUGGGUGUGCACCAGCACCCACUCCUCCACCAAGGUGAUGGUGCUGGAUGCCAGCCAGCCCUCUGAUCUACUCGACAGCUUCUAUGCCUGCAACACCCACAUCCUUUGCAUCGCCAGUGUGCCAGGUGUGUUAGAGACUGACUACCCCGCAGGUGAGGAGGUUCCCCAGGACCUGGAGGCCAGCCAGGGUGAUCGGGUGUCUUUAGCUGGGAGUGUAGCCAGUGUUGGCUCCACAGGCAGUGACGGUGCCAUGGCUGCAGAGGGAACCACCGCUAUUCCCCAGACGGCCAGUCCAGGGAUCGGCGACCAGCCAGCUGAGCACAACGCUGCCCCGGGAUCAGUUGUGCUGUCCAGAGAGACCAGUCCAGCGGGAGAUGGGGUCCCCACGGCAGAGGAGGCGACAGAGGCGACAGAGGCCAACGCCGGGGUGGGCGAGGAAGGAGGAGAAAGUCGGGGAGUGGAUCAAAAUCAGCCUGGGAUCUAUACUGAGCAUGUGUUUACUGACCCACUGGGUGUCGGACCCACUGACUCUUCCAGUACUGACACACAGAGGGACUCGGGACAGGAUGGCACAGCAUCCCUGCCUGACGAAAGAGACCUGCCGGAGGGGGAGGUCUUGCGGAUGAGCAGUGUCCUGCCCACCAUGUGGUUGGGAGCCCAGAAUGGAUGUCUGUAUGUUCACUCGUCUGUGGCUCGCUGGAGGAAAUGUCUCCAUGCCAUCAAACUGAAGGACUCCAUCCUCAACAUAGUGCACGUGAAAGGGAGAGUCUUGGUAGCACUUGCUGAUGGGACAUUGGCAAUAUUCCACAGAGGCAUUGAUGGUCAAUGGGAUUUAACCAACUACCACCUAUUAGACCUUGGCCGGCCUCACCAUUCCAUCCGCUGUAUGACAGUGGUCCAUGACAAGGUGUGGUGUGGCUACAGGAACAAGAUCUACGUCAUCCAGCCCAAGGCCAUGACAAUAGAGAAGUCAUUUGAUGCCCAUCCCCGCAAGGAGAGCCAGGUACGCCAGCUGGCUUGGGUAGGAGACGGUAUCUGGGUGUCUAUACGACUCGACUCCACCCUGCGCCUGUUCCAUGCCCACACCUACCAGCACCUCCAGGAUGUGGACAUAGAGCCCUACGUCAGCAAGAUGCUUGGCACAGGUAAACUGGGCUUCUCCUUUGUGAGGAUCACAGCUCUCAUGGUAUCUUGCAGCCGGCUGUGGGUCGGGACAGGGAAUGGUGUCAUCAUCUCUAUCCCACUGUCUGAAGCCAACAAGACAACGGGUAUAGUGCCAAGUCGUCCUGGUAGCGCAGUACGGGUGUACAGCGAUGACUGUACAGACAGCGCCAUGCCAGGCAGCUUCGUGCCAUACUGCUCCAUGGCCCACGCCCAACUGUGUUUCCACGGACACAGAGACGCUGUCAAGUUCUUUGUUUCCGUGCCAGGCCAGGUAGUACCACCUCCAGGCAGCGCAGAUUCUGGUUCUGAUGACCCGGCGUCUGAGUCCUCGGACACGGCAACCUCUGAACCCAAAACUUUCCUGGUCUUGAGUGGAGGCGAGGGCUAUAUUGACUUCAGAAUCGGUGACGAGGGCGGUGAGUUGGAUGACUUGUCGGAGCCCACAGCCAAGCAGCAAUCGGCCCCUACCAAGGCGGAGCGCAGCCACCUCAUUGUGUGGCAGGUCACAGCUUGUCAGGACUGAGCCGAUCAUGGACUGUCAUGGCAAUUGGGAUCAUCGCCCAACAACCCCGGCAUGCCAAUCCCUCAGUUUUUUAUUUGGUAUUACUGAUUGUUGUCAUUACCAGAGUAGGUAACUACCUUGUUUGUAAAAAUAAUUAUUUUUAGUCUAUGUUUUGUACAGAUUGCUCUUUAGGAAUUUAAAGUGGGUUUCACAAAGUUUACAUUAUUUGGAAGGCUCCGUCCAAUGAAGCAUUUCUUUCUGUUGGGUAGCAUAGUGAAACCCCAGGUGCACAUAGGAGAAGGGCCACGUUAUACAAACAGAUGUUUACUGUGGUGUAGUGCUGCAUUUACACUCAUCCCUCUCCCAACUGUUAAAAAAAGCUUACGGUAUAAGGGAUACAUGAACCAAUGUAGCCAAUUCGGGGGCCGGCCCGGGGACCACCGCAGCUGACUGGUUAACGUGGUCGCCUGUGGUGCGGGUUCGCGUCCCUGCUGCGGCGAAUUCCCGGCUGCCCCCGGAAUCCGCUCCAUUGGAAGCUGACUACUCUUGAUGAAAUGGACCGUUUAAGUCGGACAUUUUGUAUGCAUACCAAGCACGCCUUGGCGGGGAAAGAGGGAACGAGACGUUUUAAACUAAAUUGAAAAUGAGCAUUUUAUAUUUUACACGCGUUACAUGUGUGUAACCCUCAUGUGUGUAUGUGCACACAUGAUGUGCACGUGUGUUUAUCCCUGCGUUAAGUGUUUCUAAUUCAACCACCAGGCCUGUGUAUAAAACAAAACAAAAAAUACUUGCUGUUAUUGUAAUGAUCUGUGGUGUCAUGACCUGUUUUCAAAAAUCAUCCAAACUGUCAUCAGUCAUGAAACCAGAUGCUGAGUUCUGGCAGUGGUCUUUCUAAGUUCCCUGCUGUCUCAUAGCCCGUGGUCCUCAUCGAGGAUGAUGACUUGUCUGUGAGCUGAGGAUACGUAGAAAAGCAGCUGCAACAUGGAGAAAUAACUUCUCAGUUAUUACAAGACUGACAAGGGUGGCGCAGUGGUUAGUGCCCUCGCCUGACAGAAAGAAGGUCCUGGGUUUGAACCCCGGGGUCGUCCAACCUUGGGGGUCAUCCCAGGUCAUCCUCUGUGUGGAGUUUGCAUGUUCUCCCCGUGUCUGUGAUGGGUUUUCUCUGGGUGCUGUGGUUUCCCCACCAUCAAAAAGACAUGCAUGUUAGGGUCAGUACUCCUGUCUGUGCCCCUGACCGAGGCAUGGCAAGUCUAACUGGAGCUGGUCCCCGGGUGCUGCACGGCGGCGGCCCACUGCUCCUAGCUACACAGCUAGGAUGUUACAUGCAGAGAGGAACUGCCCCCCGGGAUCAAUAAAGUGUCUCAAAUCAAAUUUCAUGUAACACAGGGAAGGUAUGGAUGCACUUGGGGCAAGAUUUUGAAAUUCACACGGCCCGAACUACCACAGCGCUUGGCUGCUGUUGCGGUUUGGUUUGGGUAGUGUCCAAGUACGGAGGAGUCGGUGUGGGACUCCACUGUAGGUUUGCGUUAACCUGCGUGGUGGAAGUUCUGGAUCUCGGUCCCAAUGGUGUCCGCUUGCUCCACCAUUUCAAACCCGACCCGACUCCUUAUUUCUGUUAUUUCUGUGGUCUCUGAGGGAACCGGCUCAUGCCACAGUUUGGCGUUUUCUUUAUUCUCGGGCUUCUCAGCACUUUAAAAUGUCGGCGUUAGUCCCUCGAGGUUCUACGGGGCACCUGUGGUCAUAUACACUAUACUGAUACGUGCUGAAUGUGUGGCAGGGACAAUAUGUAACAAGACGUCCAGUUGAGGUGUCGCCCCCCGCUAACCAAAGGCCAAAAGAAGAUGGUGGUGAAUACUACUGAGUCCCACGAAGGUCUUUAUCACUUCAUCUUCUAAAAGUCUCAUCAGUAUGUUGAUUUAAGGGAGGUCUGUUUUUUUUAACCACUAACUACUAACCACCUACCUGCCUACCUAC